CUCCGUUUCGACCACUGGCACAAAGGAAACCCUAACUAACAUUAGGGUUUACUAAGAGCAAGAAAUCCUAGCCCUCGGUCCUCUCUUCCCGAACGGAUGGCGUGUACGAUUGACUUCAGGUGUCUAGAUGAAGGGUUCGGCGGGAAGACAUACAAGCGAAAGAGAUCCGAAGAAGCUGAAAAACAACUCAACCAAUCAACACAAGAUGGUAACUCCUCCAUGGACGUCGACGCCAUCGAAGGGACAAGCCCACCUCCAUCGAAGAGACAAGCCGUGCCUGCCUCUGAUGAUCCCAGCAAGCCCGUUUUCGGAAAGCCCACAUACGACGGCGUGAUUGCCGGAAAAGUCUCUGGCCGGAAGUGGAAGCAUCCUCGCAACCACCGAGCCUCAGCCGUGAACGUGAGCCGAAAGCCUACGACUUUCGAGCAAAGAAUGAAGGAGAAGGAGAUAAAGAAGGCGUAUAAGGAGAGGAUGACUGAGCUGAAGGAAGAAAUUAGGCAGAACAAAAUUGAGAAGAGGAAGAAGAGAGAAGAGAGGGAGAAGAGGAAGCAGGAAAAUAUUCUGAGGUCUGGGACUAAGCUUCAGAAGAUCACUAAUCCCAAGACUCUUAAGAAGAUUGCCAAGUCUAAAGAGAGGAAGCAGCUCAAGGUUGUUCCUGAUGAUUUGCUUAAGAGUAAGAAGUAAUCUGUCCUUGUUUUCGAAUAUAACACAUUAAAUUUUGUUGUUUUUGAGUUGUAAUGGAAUAUUAUGAGUUUUUGAAUUUGUUAUGCGAAAGAUCUGUAUUUAGGCGAUUCUCCAUAUGUUUGAUUGCAUUAUUGUUGUUGCUUUUGACCAUUACGUGCAAAAAAUUGCUUCUGUGGAUGCAGUUAGAUAAUGCACUGGCUAAAAAAAAAAAGAUGCUAUAUAUUUUUUGAUUUCGGCCAUCCGCAGAUUUGAUUGAA